CCCUGAAGCUGUCUGCCCUCUUACUCAUCACCCUCUGAUUCGUUCUGCCCGGGCCUGGGGGCUUGGUCCCUCACCCGGCUCCCUGGUUUUGUAGAUCAAGCUCGGUCUUUGAUCAUAAAGCUACUCAUCCUAUGUAUGUAAUUGAAGACUGUUCAUUGAGGAUCUGGCAUCUGAAGGAGAGGUGCAUUUAGUUGUCGGCUAAGACAGAAAUAAGAAUAAAGCUCUACAAUGACAACCUAUUUGGAAUUCAUCCAACAAAAUGAAGAACGAGAUGGAGUCCGAUUUAGUUGGAAUGUUUGGCCAUCAAGUCGACUAGAAGCAACAAGAAUGGUUGUUCCAGUAGCAUCUCUAUUUACACCACUGAAGGAGAGACCUGAUUUACCACCUAUUCAAUAUGAACCUGUUCUGUGUAGUAGGACCACUUGCCGUGCAGUUUUGAAUCCUUUAUGUCAAGUGGAUUACCGGGCAAAACUUUGGGCUUGCAACUUUUGUUAUCAAAGGAAUCAGUUUCCACCUACUUAUGCUGGCAUAUCUGAACUGAAUCAGCCUGCUGAACUUUUACCUCAGUUUUCUAGCAUUGAAUAUGUAGUUCUGCGUGGUCCUCAGAUGCCUUUGAUCUUCCUCUAUGUGGUUGAUACUUGCAUGGAAGACGAAGAUUUACAAGCCCUGAAAGAAUCUAUGCAGAUGUCAUUAAGUCUUUUACCACCUACAGCUUUGGUUGGACUUAUUACUUUUGGGAGAAUGGUGCAGGUUCAUGAACUUGGAUGUGAAGGCAUUUCAAAAAGCUACGUCUUCAGAGGAACAAAAGAUCUGUCUGCCAAACAACUACAGGAAAUGCUGGGGCUUUCUAAAGUUCCUGUUACUCAAGCAACACGUGGUCCCCAGGUACAACAGCCACCUCCUUCCAACAGAUUCUUGCAGCCAGUACAGAAAAUAGACAUGAAUCUCACAGAUCUCCUGGGAGAACUGCAGCGAGACCCUUGGCCUGUACCACAGGGGAAGAGACCUUUGCGUUCCUCUGGGGUGGCACUUUCCAUUGCUGUAGGACUACUUGAGUGUACUUUUCCUAACACGGGUGCUCGUAUCAUGAUGUUCAUUGGCGGGCCAGCCACUCAGGGGCCUGGAAUGGUGGUCGGGGAUGAACUGAAGACACCUAUACGAUCAUGGCAUGACAUUGAAAAGGACAACGCCAAAUAUGUUAAAAAGGGGACUAAGCAUUUUGAAGCCUUGGCUAAUCGAGCUGCUACAACUGGCCAUGUUAUUGAUAUCUAUGCAUGUGCAUUAGAUCAGACAGGUCUUCUGGAAAUGAAGUGUUGUCCCAACCUUACUGGAGGAUACAUGGUGAUGGGUGACUCUUUCAACACAUCCUUAUUCAAACAGACUUUUCAAAGGGUCUUUACCAAAGAUAUGCAUGGACAGUUUAAAAUGGGCUUUGGUGGUACAUUAGAAAUAAAGACCUCAAGGGAAAUAAAGAUUUCAGGAGCUAUUGGACCCUGUGUAUCUCUCAAUUCUAAAGGACCUUGUGUGUCUGAAAAUGAGAUAGGAACAGGUGGUACUUGUCAAUGGAAGAUAUGUGGACUCAGCCCCACUACAACCUUAGCCAUAUAUUUUGAAGUUGUCAAUCAGCAUAAUGCUCCAAUUCCCCAAGGAGGGCGUGGUGCAAUCCAGUUUGUGACUCAGUAUCAGCAUUCAAGUGGGCAGAGACGCAUCCGAGUGACUACCAUUGCUAGGAACUGGGCAGAUGCUCAGACACAAAUCCAAAACAUUGCUGCAUCUUUUGAUCAGGAGGCAGCUGCCAUUCUCAUGGCCCGCUUGGCCAUAUACAGAGCAGAAACUGAGGAAGGGCCUGAUGUGCUCAGAUGGCUAGACAGACAGCUCAUUCGACUGUGUCAGAAAUUUGGAGAGUAUCACAAAGAUGAUCCAAGUUCCUUCAGAUUUUCAGAAACUUUCUCCCUUUAUCCACAGUUUAUGUUUCAUUUAAGAAGAUCGCCUUUCUUGCAAGUGUUUAAUAAUAGUCCAGAUGAGAGUUCUUAUUAUAGACACCAUUUUAUGCGUCAAGAUCUGACCCAGUCUCUGAUCAUGAUUCAGCCUAUUUUGUAUGCAUAUUCUUUUAGUGGACCACCAGAGCCAGUUCUUCUUGAUAGCAGCAGCAUUCUUGCAGAUCGGAUCCUUCUUAUGGACACAUUUUUCCAGAUUUUGAUUUAUCACGGAGAGACCAUAGCACAGUGGCGCAAGUCAGGAUACCAGGACAUGCCAGAAUAUGAAAAUUUCCGCCACCUUCUGCAAGCCCCAGUGGAUGAUGCACAGGAGAUUCUUCAUUCCAGAUUCCCAAUGCCAAGAUACAUUGACACUGAACAUGGAGGCAGCCAGGCACGUUUCCUGCUUUCAAAAGUCAACCCUUCACAGACUCAUAACAAUAUGUAUGCCUGGGGGCAGGAGUCUGGAGCACCUAUUCUUACAGAUGAUGUUAGUUUGCAAGUGUUUAUGGAUCACUUGAAGAAACUUGCUGUGUCAAGUGCUGCUUGAAUUGCUAGCAUAUUAAGGACACUUAAGAAGAUGAAAUAUUUCAGUUUCAUUUUUUCUUUUUUCAGUUCAUCUGUGGAAACCAACUCUCUAGACACUCUUUGUGUUAGUAUGGUUUGAGAUGUGGAGAAAUGUUCACUUUUGUAGAUUAAGCUGGAAUAUAAGAGCAAUAAGAACAAAUUUGUUUUGCUUGCCACAGUAUUAUAACAGGUUUUAGAAAUUUGAGGUCUUUAUAACUUUGUUAUAUAAAUAAUGAAAAUAGUCUGCCAUGCACUACAGAGUCAUUUAUAAAUUGCAGACAAACCCAAAGUGGCACUGAAUGUCCUUGCUGACUUUUUGAAAACUUGUUUGGUAAUUUUAGCCAGAAAGUACAAAACAUCAAAAGUAGUGAUAAAUGUGAACAUUUUUACCUAUUCAUUGAAUAUUUUCCUGUGAUAUUCAGCACUUAUAUAUACACUUUUUCUGUACUUACUCUGUUGAGGCAGGUUUAUUUUUAUGAUGAUUUGUCUAGGAAUUAUUUGACUUUAUAUAUGGUAAUUUUCAUGAAGAUAAUUUAAUGUUUGGUCAUUUGGAAAAAUAGAGAUGAAAAGUUUGGUCUUUUUUGGUAAUAGUCCUACAACUAACAGUGAGUGUGAAAUUCCCGCAGAGUAUCCAACUUAUGUGAUUAAAUGAGGUAAUUUUUUUAAAAGGGGAGAUGGAAAAUAAACCAUUUUGCCAGGGUGCAUUUUAGAAUGCCUUUGCAGUAAAAUGACUGUUGUAAUUAUUAAACCAAAUUUGGUUUUCACUGCAUGAUUUUGUUGUUUCCCCUUAUUUUUUUGAGGUAAAUUUUACAUUACAUCCUUCGUAUUUUCACUCUAUUUUGGGAGUUUACACAUUUUGUUUCUGCUUCUAUUUUGUGAAAUUUAUUAAUUUGUGGUUCUUACUGAAGCAGUAUUAUAAUAUUUUGUUGAAUUAUAUCAUGUUGUAAUGCUCAGUUUUGACUUAUUCAUUAGUAUCAUUCACUUUUACCUUUUAAAGUUUACUUCUAGCAAAUGUUUACAUUGCUAAAGCCAGAUAUAUUUGACAAUGGAAUUUAUAUCAAGUACUGCAGAUAAAAAGGUGGUGCUAUGGUAUAUACUUAGAAGGACCGUUUUGAUAAUUAUACUUGCAUGAAUACAAUCAGAUGAUGGUAAAACAGAUACUUAAAAAUUGUUUAUAUGUUAUAUUCCAUUAGAUUAAAUAAACAGCUGUUUUAUUUUAUUUGAAUUGAAAUGUGCUAAGCCUAAAUACCAAUAAAGUAUACUUUCUCUGUU